CCUGAUAGCUUACUACUAUAUAUAUAUCCAUAUAACACUACUAUCACUUAAACUUAUAGUACAUACAUAUGAAAUAUGAACAAACCUCACAUUUAAUUCGAUCCAUCAAAGACUACAGACAACAGCGUUUCACUCACUGGCAAUUGAAUAGGAACAAUAGGCUGCGCCGUUGAGAAGCAUGGGUUGAGAUGACCACAGUGUAGGCAAUGAGGCUGUACAGUUUGACCCCUGCAUCCAUCCUACGACAUUGAGGUCAAAUAUAUCAUCCCAUUUCAUCCUUCUGCGUUUUCCUUUUCCUUCUGCUUCCUCUGCACUCUCAAAUUCUCAAUCGAGAUCUCUCAUCUCGAAAUGCCUUUUCCUUUUCUCCUCACGUUCAGUCAAUCGGGUACCAACCACGAUCGUAUUUCCUUCGGCGCAGGAAUCGGUCUACCUAGCAUUUCUACCUAUUCUCCCGAUGGAUCGACCUUCACUCAAUGGCUUACUCAAUGGAGGUACAAUGAUCGUGAAAAUACCAUUCGAAAAAUCGUUUGCGUGACCGGAAUAUUACUCCAUAUCCCGUUGAAUCUAUUUUAUAUUAGAGGAUGGGGAAGCUUGUGGAUUCUCUGGGGAAUUUUGAGUGCCUUGUUUAAUUUUUGGUUUGUGUGUAUUGGAUUUUGGUGGUUGGAUAUCAUGAGAGGAGAGAGGUGGGUUUAUGGGAGGAGAGCGACAAGACAACAUUUUGAUAUGAUCAUAGCGUUUCUCCUCGUCGUAUACACUUUCUCAUUCAUUCUAACGACAAUCACGGGAGUGAAUUCAAAUGGGACGGUUGAUUUCUUCAAUUAUUGGUGGUCGCCUCUUUGCGGAAUGGCUGAUAUGUUAUGUCCACUUGCUGGAUGGGUUAGUACUUGGGAAGGGACUGGAGUUGUCAAUUUGGCAUAGGGCGCGAAUGGUGUUGAGGGAGAGGGGGGCAUGGAUUCCGGAAACUAGGACUCUUGGCUCGUCUCAAUUUUGGGCUUUUCAAAUGGAGGAUGAAUCAUGUAAAUGGGACUCACAAAAUAUAGGACUACAAAUGACUGCCUUUGAUUUAGCUAUUCAUUCAACUACCUACUUGCAAUUUGAGGUGAAAGUGUUCCCUCUAUGAGACAUGAAAAUGCACUGUGCCAGCGCACCAGCUCGAAAUUCCUCAUCGAUUUCUUUUCCUCCAUCAACCCACCCUUCUCAGCCCAUCAGUCCGACGACUUUUCAGAAUCUACCAAGGCUUUUCUGUACCUUCUACUAAUCUUCCUUAACUCACCUCUUGUCUUCUUCAACUCUAUCAUUAAUUCAUCAAUGAGAUUACUCAGCAUCGUCUCAUGAUCCUCUAACUUUUCUUCCUUUUCGCGCAAAGUGUGUAUGUCAGGAUCCCUCUUCAAUACCGUCUCGAUGCGUGUCUUUUCUUGCUGGAAGCCUCGUGUUAUUCUCGUAGUUUCUGAACGAACCAUCUCGGUAGUUUCCACCUUGUGGUAUUUUGGCGCUGGAGACGGGGGUGC